CACUGUCGCCAUAUUUUAUUUUGAAAAAGUUUGAGAAUGUUCAAUUUUACCAAAUAAAAAAAUAGCAUUUUAUUUGAAUCAGUUAUUAUCAACAAAAGAAAAGUAAUUCCUCAAGACAAAAUGCCUCCCCUAGAGGUAGCCGCUUCCGCAAAUGAAGAGCCGGCGCCCUCCAAUCCAGUGGUGGGUAUUAUUUACCCUCCACCUGAAGUUAGAAACAUCGUGGACAAGACUGCCAGUUUUGUGGCGAGAAAUGGACCGGAAUUCGAGGCCCGAAUCAGACAAAACGAACUGGGUAAUCCCAAGUUUAAUUUCCUGAAUUCCGGCGACCCGUAUCACGCUUACUAUCAGCAUAAGGUUAAUGAGUUCAAAGAAGGAAAAGCACAAGAGCCGAGCUUAUCCCAAGGCAUUUCGAAGCUAACAGUCUCCGCUAGCCAGCAACAGAAACAACAUGAAAUCCUUAAGCAAAUCGAGCAGCAGUUCGUCCCCAAAGAUCCCCCUGCGGACUUUGAAUUUAUCGCCGACCCUCCAUCUAUUUCAGCUUUGGACUUGGAUAUUGUCAAGUUAACUGCACAGUUUGUCGCGAGAAACGGCAGAACUUUCUUAACCCAGUUGAUGAAUCGGGAACAGAGGAAUUUUCAGUUUGAUUUUUUGCGGCCGCAGCACUCAUUGUUUCAGUAUUUUACCAAAUUAUUGGAACAGUAUACUAAGGUGUUGAUUCCUCCAAAAACCUUGCAGCAAAAGCUGAGAGAUGAAGUGAAAAGCUCUCAAGCUGUUUUGGAUCUCGUAAAGUAUAGAACUGAGUAUUUGAAGUAUAUGGAGGCUCAGAAGGCCAGACAGGAGGAAAUACUUGAAAGGGAAAGAAUUGCUUAUGCCCAAAUCGAUUGGCAUGACUUUGUAGUAGUAGAAACCGUUGAUUAUCAGGCCUUUGAAAUUGGAAAUUUCCCUCCUCCGACUACUCCGGAGGAGGUAGGAGCCAGAAUGUUAUUGCAAGAACGUUUAGAGGAGGGCGAGGAUAUUGAGAUGCAGCUCGAAAGUGACGAUGAGGACAAUGUGGAAGAAAGAGACUCAGGUUUGUCUCAAAUGGAGGAUAGAACGCAUUCCAGAAAACCGGGACGCGACAAUAAUCAGGUGCAAGAUAUGGACGAGGAAAGUUCGGAGGACGAAGGUCCGGAAACGUCACAUCAACCGGCCAUACAACCACCCUUGCCCCCGGUACCUGACAAGGUGGUCGUUAAAAAGUACGAUCCUAAGCAAGCUCCAAAAGUGACCAGACCUACUGCAGGCGAUGACUAUCUGGUCUCGCCGAUUACAGGCGAGAAAAUUCCGGCCAGUAAGGUGCAAGAGCAUAUGCGUAUUGGUUUGUUGGAUCCCAGAUGGGUGGAACAGAGAGAUAAACACGUCACUGACAAGAUGAACCAAGACACGGUUUAUGCUCAAGGUACUGCAAUCGAAGCGAGUCUUAAACUCUUGGCAGAACGUCGUACCGAUAUUUUCGGUGUGGGUGAUGAAGAAACCGCUAUCGGUAAGAAAAUCGGUGAGGAGGAAAGCAGAAAGGACGAGAAAGUGACUUGGGACGGGCACACUUCGAGCGUGGAGGCGGCCACCAGGGCGGCCAGGGCCAACAUUACUUUAGAAGAGCAGAUCCAUCAAAUUCACAAGGUUAAAGGACUGUUACCGGACGAGGAAAAGGAAAAAAUCGGCCCGAAGAAUUUGGGCGGCCCCAAAAUGAAGCCUCCGCCCCCUCCGGUCAUCAAUAAAGCGAUGGCCCCACAACCGCCGAAACCUCAAGUGCUGACCCAAACGGCCCCACCGCCCCAACCGGUGAGUUUGCCGGUACAGGCGCCGAUCUUGGCGCCGCCGCAGCCACCUAUUAUGAUGAUGCCGGCGCCCCCCAUGCCACCGAUGCGACCGCCGUUAAUGAUGUCCGCGCAUCCAGGUAUGCCGAGCUUCGUGACCCCGAUGCCGCCGCCGCCGAUGGGCGGCCCGCCGCCGCCCAUGGCCGUACCGAUGAAACACGCCCUGGACGUUAUGGGCGACGACGAGCCGGCCAAUAAGAAGAUGCGUAACGAGGACUCGCUGGUGCCCGAGGAGGUCUUUUUGACGCGAAACCCCAACCCCGUAAGUCUUAAGGUGCAAAUCCCGAUGAUGCCCGAGAAAUCCGAAUGGAAACUGACCGGUCAGAUGCUGAUGUUCACCCUCCCACUAUCCGAGAGCGUCGGGAACUUAAAGGCGAAGAUCCAGGAGGAAAUCAGCAUGCCGCCCGCCAAACAGAAGUUGUUCUUUGACGGUAUGUUCUUUAAGGACCAAAACACCUUGGCCUACUAUAACAUCACUUCCAGCGCGGUGGUGCAACUCCAGAUCAAGGAGCGCGGCGGCAGGAAAAAGUAGUUUUAUUAAUUUACCCGAGUUGUUUUUUUUUAUACGAAACUACAUUGUAGCAGUGUAAAAUUCAGUUUACAUUACAAAGUUAAUAUUAAAUAACCUUAUACCGAUCGGA